AAGGUGCUUCGGCUGCCUGGCUUUGACUUGGAUGUUUUAGAGGGAUGUUUCAUGAGAGUCGCCUGGGGACAAACUGCCGGUGCUCCAGGGCCUGAUCCUGCCCUCUGGGCAUAGCAGGUCAGGAGGGACUGCUCCCGUGUCCACUUGAUGUGAGCGAGGGGCCGCGCUAGCUCCGUCCAGCCUCUGGUUGUAGGUGGGACUUGGAAGCAGGCCUGUGUUCUCUUGUGUGUUAGCCCUGCUGGGCUGGGGAGUCAGUAAGCAGAGGUGCCCUUGCAAAAGCCCUACUCCUGAUGCACUCAGGGUAGAGAGAAGCUGCAUCCAGGGCUGCUGGAGCUGGCAUGUGUCAGGGUGCAGGGGCUGGUGCAGGAGGAGGGGUCUCCUGUGGUCCCUGGCAUGUUGCUACCAGGCAGGGAGUGGAUGUGGGGAGGAUGGGGAACGCUGGAAAUUUGCAGCCCAUCAGAGCAGAGGGAAGCGUCAGACACAGCUGGCGCAGAUGUUGAUCUCCAUUGCAGGGACCCUGAGGCUCCAAGCUGCCCACCAUCAACACCUUUGCUUUAGAGGCAAGAAGAAAGCACCUUGCUCCUGUCUGCCAGGGCAGCUUGGAUGCCAGACCCCCCUGGACUGAUCCCCUGGGGAGAUGCAGGGCAGCAUCAGUGGGAGUGGAAGUGUUGCAGGCUGCCCUGCAUAGGAAGGUGCCUGCCCUGGGGAGCUGUGACGCCAGCGCAUCUUGCUUCAGAGGCAGAGCCCCGCAGCCGUGCUGGAGCACCGUGGACCGCUCUGGCCGUGGCUCGGUUCUAUCUGGCGCCCUCCAGCCCCUGUUUCAUCUGUCCCUGCCUGUGGCUGAGCCUGCAUGCCUUGGUGCUGCCCCGUUGUGCCCAGCAGGCAUCCCCAGUACCUAUGCUCACAGGCUUGCUGGUGGGGGGUGCAGAGUCCCUGGCCCUGCACCCUCUCCGCAGCCUCGGCCUGAGCCACAUUCAGCUCUCCAGGCCAGCAAACAGCCAAGAGCCAUGUGCACUCACUGGGCUGGAGACCUAGCAAGGAGGCCUGGGGAGGCAGGACAGCUCUGGAGCCCACCAGCGAUGCCUGUGUUUCCAGGAAUGGGCAUUGAGGCUGCAGGCGCCUCUGUCCCAACAUGGUUGCGUCCAUGUGGGGCAUCUGGACUGAGCUCCAUCCUAGUCUGCUGCAGGCCUGAAGCUGCACAGGGUGAAGCCACCUGGGGCUCUCUGAACCCAAAGGGUUAAGGGCCAUGGGUAAUUGUUUGCACUCCUCCACCCAAUCCUGGGAGCCCUCUGCUAAUUGAGCCCUAAACAGAUCAAAGGCUCCAAUCACACCAACACCACCCCUCCUGCUGCCUGGUGUGCAGAGCUCCUCUCCAGCUGCUGGUCUCUUUGUCUGCUGGAAGAUGGGGCUGGUCUCUUGGAGAGCUGUUUUUGCAGCUGGCCUCUUCUGGGCUCUGGUCAGCAGGACCCUAGGGAUGGAUUUAAGCACACGAGAAAGCUUGCUUUUGAAAUCCCUGGGCCUGAGCGCCAAGCCCAGCCCCAGGUCGCCUGCUCCUGUGCCCUCCGUGCUCUGGCGGAUCUUCCAGAAGAGAGAGAUCCCUUCCCCUUUGAGGCCAAGCCGGGAGGAUGCCUGCUGGGUGGAGGAGUUCAGCGUCCCCGGGAACAUCAUACGCGUCUUCAGCGACCAAGGCCACUUCCUUCACAGUGGGGGGCCACGGACCCUACUGUGCCUGGAGAAGCAUCUGUUCUUCAACCUCUCUGUGCUGGAGGAUGGGGAGCAGCUCACGAUGGCGCAGCUCCAGCUCCAGUUCGGCCACAACUCGUACCGGGCCCCCAGUCCUGGGCAGGUGUUCGAGCUGAGGCUGUACCGUGCCCCACCGCCCUCCUUGUGGGAGCUGCUUUCCCCGCCACCCAGCCACAGGCUCCUGCUGGUACAGUCCUUCGUGCAGCUGCACAAGUCACUCCUCUUCAACCUGACCCAGGUGGGCAGGGACUGGAGAACCCAGAGCAGGAACCUGGGCUUGGUCCUGGAGAUCUCCAUGAGCAGCGGGGCUGGGUCCUCGGCCUUGCUGGGCAGGCCCCCGGGGAACUUCUGUGCCGGCAUCGACUCCUUCCUCGAUGCCUCCCUGCUGGUCGUGUCCCUCCAGCUGGAGCAGUGCAAGGCCGCCAGGAAGAAGAGGAGCUCCUACUACACCCCCGUGAUGCCGAGCAGCCUCUGCAAGUCCCGGCGGCUUUACAUCAGCUUCAGCGACGUGGGCUGGGAGAACUGGAUCAUCGCGCCGCAGGGCUACAUGGCCAACUACUGCCUGGGGGAGUGCCCUUUCCCCCUGACCACCGAGCUGAACAGCACCAACCACGCCAUCCUGCAAACCAUGGUGCACUCGCUGGACCCCGAGGGCACCCCCCAGCCCUGCUGUGUCCCCGUCCGCCUCUCCCCCAUCUCCGUCCUCUUCUACGACAACCACGACAACGUGGUGCUGCGGCACUACGAAGACAUGGUGGUGGACGAGUGUGGCUGCAGAUAAGGACAGGUGAUGGGUGGCUCGGGGUGGGGGUUGUGAUGGAACUGGAUCUCCUGGCAAGAGACUGGGGUCUUGCCUUGGUGCGGCUUGUGUCGAGAGCUCCCCCUGCCCCUUUCCUGAUACCUGGGUGUAAGAUGCAUCCUCACAGGGGAGAUCUCAACCGCUGGCACCAAGGUGCACAAGCUGGCAUGAAUGGCGCAGGGUUUUCCCCCAGUUGCUGACCUGCUGGGUGGACUCUGCUCCCUCCCAGUGUAAAGAACUGCACAGACUGAUGUUUGAGUGGAAGUUCGUUUUGCUGCUUGUGCUUGAUGGCAGAUACCACCUUGUUGCCUCCUGCACUAGUCAGAGGUCCAGGCAGUGUGUGUGAGCAUGGGAAGGGGUGGACUUUUCUGGGGCUGUGAGGACAGGAUUUUGCAGCAAGGUUGGUGCUAUAAAGAAUACUGCUCCAAGCUCCUUGCUGGUAGAAACCAGUCUUUGGGAACGCUGCAGCAAGCCUAAAUGGACUUCGGUGACCUGGCUAAUGUUGGGCCUCAGUUACCCACACCCACAGCCCUCUUCUUUCUGCUGAAUGGGCUGUAGUCUACCGACUGGCAUCAAGUGUUACUAGUGCCCUGCCUUCCGCCUAGGCUGGCUGGCCCUGAAGCAGACA